AUUUGACAUUAAGCAAUUAGUUAGUUAGUUCUCCAAGAAAAUGUCACUUGAUCCGGCCACUUUGGGUGCAUUGGAAAUGCCAGACGACGGUCAAAAAGAGCUUAGUAUUAAAGAGGAAUACCAAUUAUGGAGAAAGAACUGUCGUUAUAUGUAUGAGUUUGUCAGUGAAACUGCUUUAACGUGGCCAUCAUUGACGGUUCAAUGGCUUCCAGAACAUAAGGUAAACCCAGAAGGGGAAAUUGAUGCCAAAUUACUUCUAGGAACCCACACGUCUGGGGAAGAUACUGAUUACUUGAAAAUAGCCUCUACUCAAUUACCAGAUACCAAGUCGAAGGCUAAAAAAGAGGAUGGAGAUGCAAAUAAGAAGGUAUCAACUAGAAUCAAGAUAAAGAAAAAGUAUACGAAUAAAGCUGAAAUCAACCGUGCUCGCUACUUGCCCCAGGACCCUUCGAUUGUGGCUACUAUCAAUGGCUCGGGCCAUAUAGAUUUAUAUGAUUUAUCAAAAGAGACAAAUUCCGGUAGUUAUGCUCAUUUCGAACCACAUACCCAGAAUGGUUACGGAUUAUCAUGGAGCCCCCACAAGAAAAAUCAUCUUCUUACUGCAUCUGACGACUCAUCAGUGGUAUUAAGUGAUAUUUCCAAAUUAGAUUCCAAUAAUGGUCAAAUUUUUAAAAAUACUACUGCCACCGAUAUAGUCAACGAUGUUAAAUGGCAUUGCUCUGAUGAAAACCUUUUCGGAAGUGUAUCUGACGACGGAUACGCGUAUAUAUUUGAUAUCAGAACUCCUAAUACUCCCGUUUCGAAAUUUUACGGUGCCGACUCAAAGGGAAUUAACUCAUUGAGCUUUUCCCCAUUUUCACACAACCUUAUAGCCAUUGGGAAUACCAACUCCAACCUCAAUUUACUAGACUUGCGUAACUUGUCAACCAAAGAUCAGAGCAAUAAUGGCCUUUUACAUACCAUGAUGGGCCACUCCGAUUCCAUCACUAGUUUGGAAUUCUCUCCUCACCAGGACGGAAUCAUAGCUUCGGGUUCUCAAGACCGCAGGUUGAUCAUAUGGGAUCUCUUCAGAGUCGGUGAAGAACAGGCCCAGGAAGAUGCCGAAGAUGGAUGUCCUGAAUUAUUCAUGAUGCACGCUGGACAUACUGGUGCCGUCACCGACUUGAGUUGGUGUCCCUACGCCAACUGGACCCUUGCUUCGGUGGCCGACGACAACAUCGUCCAUCUUUGGGAAAUGAGCAAAGGUUUACUUGAGCUGGACAAGCCUUUGGACUUGAAAGCCUCUGAUUUAGAGUAAGUCACUUAUAUAGUUGUAUUAUAAAACAUCCGU